CAAAGCCGUUUCAUACACUUCCUCUCCUCUCCGCAAAUGAACCGACUUCCUUCAUAACGCAACCCCGCCCGCCCGACUGACAACACAAGACAACGAAGAUCCGUCCGACCAAUUCUGCCACCGAGAAGGAGAGGAGGAAGGACUAUGUUAGGUUGCUGAGGGGUGAGAGGUGAGAGUUGAAGGGUCGGCAGCACAGCAGGCAUGCAGAGCAUUAAGUGUGUAGUGGUGGGCGACGGUGCUGUAGGGAAGACCUGUCUGCUCAUCUCCUACACAACCGGAGCCUUCCCUAAGGAAUAUAUACCCACCGUGUUUGACAAUUAUAGCAGCCAGGUGACAGUAGACGGGCGCUCCAUCAGUCUGAACCUGUGGGACACGGCGGGUCAGGAGGAGUACGACCGCCUGAGGACCCUGUCCUACCCUCAGACCAACAUCUUCAUCAUCUGCUUCUCCAUCUCCAGCCCCGCUUCCUAUGAGAACGUCAAGCACAAGUGGCACCCAGAGGUGACCCACCACUGCCCCGGUGUGCCUGUCCUCCUGGUAGGCACUAAGAGCGACCUGCGUAACGACGAGGAGACCCAGCGCAAGCUGAAGGAGCAGAGCCAAUCUCCUGUCACUCAUCACCAGGGGGCGGGACUAGCCCGUCAGAUCCAAGCCGCCCGCUACCUGGAGUGUUCCGCCCUCAACCAGGAUGGGAUCAAAGAGGUGUUCGCUGAGGCCGUCCGAGCCUUCCUCAACCCCCAGCACACCACCAGCAAGAGGUCCUGUAGGCUACUGGGGGGGGCAGUGGGACAGAGGGAGAGAGAGGAGGUGUAAAAAGAGAGAGGAAAGAAGGGUGGCUAGCUAGAUGAAGAGACAGAAGGGGGUGGGCAGUUGAAACUGAAAAACUUACUUACUACAACAAUGGAAAUAAUAGGAAUGUACAUGACUAUGGUAGAAUAAUUCAGUUACAUGUAAAUAUGACAGGAGAACAGUAUUCUCUUUUCCCCCAGUGACCGACGAGCCUUACUAUUGGGAAGAGGGAGGGGCAACUGCACUCUGCAAAUGACGAAUUACAGUGGUCUGUUAUCAUGGACACUUGGGCAGUUCUGAUAGGCCAGAGCAGUGUCACUCAACGGCUUUACCAGAGACUGAUUGGUCUGUAAUGGUGGCGCCUACUUUCUCUUCCCACCCCUUGACCCUCGUCUCUUUUCCUCUUAUUCCAGCAUUAGAGCUCAGUAGAAACCCAACUAAAGCAUAUGUAAAGCAUAUUGAGAAAUAUCAUGAUGAGCCAUGCCUCUUUCACUUCCCAGAAAAGAGCCUUUAAUAUUUGUUUGUUUGUAAAUCAAAAAUGUUUCCUGUGUGUUGACGCUGACUGCCUCUGUUCAGGCCAGAGGUUAGAGGUCACAGAUGAAGCUGGGAGGCUGAGAGUUUGUGUCCCAAAAGUUGUGAAACCUUUUUUCCUUUCUUCCACGACCGCUGAUCUUCCUUCAUAUCUUCCCUUAUAUCAUAUCCCCUCCUGAGUUGUAUACUACGAAACAAGCUGGAUCUACUCAGGCUUUUAUGACGCUAGCCAGCUUCAGUUACCUUCACAUUCCAGAUCAGGCUUUUAUAAAGCUAGCCAGCUUCCGUUAGCUUCACAUUCCAGAUCAGGCUUUUAUAAAGCUAGCCAGCUUCAGUUAGCUUCACAUUCCAGAUCAGGCUUUUAUAAAGCUAGCCAGCUUCAGUUAGCUUCACAUUCCAGAUCAGGCUUUUAUAAAGCUAGCCUACUUCAGUUAGCUUCACAUUCCAGAUCAGGCUUUUAUAAAGCUAGCCAGCUUCGGUUAGCUUCACAUUCCAAAUCAGGCUUUUAUAAAGCUAGCCUACUUCAGUUAGCUUCACAUUCCAGAUCAGGCUCGUACUACUAUGGUGGAUAUUGCUCGUCCGCCUGCCGCUAACUCUUGCAGGCUGGUUACUGCGCGUGCAUGUCGCACAUGACUAGUCGAGUGCCAAACACUUCAUUGAGACAAUGCUGAAACAUCAAUCUAUGGGGGAAUCAGUGCCACAUUUUUAUUUGUGCCGAAAUCGAAAUGAAAUUAAAAAACUAUCUUGCAAAUUCAGCAGGCUAUGGUGUGAAAUAGGCUUUUAGAAGUGCCAUCUUUAUUUUAUUACUUAUCGUUAAUGCUACUUUUGUUGUGCUUUUGUGUGCUCAUCAAUCCACGAGCACCUUCUAUCUGUAGAACAGCUUGUUGCGUUGCGGCCAUAGACAUAUAAUCUAUAGUAGGGUUUUGGAACCUCUAACCCUGGCAAUUUGACUGUUACACUCAUGGUAACCUAACACAGCAGGCGUAAAAGAAACACCUGAAACUAGAUCCCCUACAUACUGGUCUCGACAAGAAGACAAUAAACUGUCCUUUUCUGCACCUUUCAACCAAUCCAGUAAAUGUGGAGGAGGUGUUAAGAUGGGGUGUCGUGCUGUUACUAAUGUCUGAAAGCGGAAGUUGCGCCACAGGCUCUCUUUCCAUUUCCCCUGAAAACCAGAACAUCCAGUUGUUGGGGACUCGACAGAGGCUACAUACA